CCGAUCUGAGUUGCUGUUACUCGCUCCCUCAACCAAGGACGAAUAAGCUAAAAACAUUUUUUCCGAGAGACUUCUGGUUUAUCGGCGACGGGGAAACCACCGUUUUUUUUUCUUCCCUGUCGGCGCUGUUUGUUUUAUCUUCACGGAGUCGCUCGGCUGGAGUUUGUCUGCGGUCUCUAUGCUGUCCAUGGAUUAACACUAGAGUCGACUCCGAAGCGCUGUCAUAUCAGCUAAAGUGUCAAACUGUGGAUUGUGAUCCUUACGUCACUUGCCAAUAUUCAGCGGCUGCUUUCCCCGGUUUGGUUGGAAACAAAGUGGAACUACAGCUAAGUCUAUGCAAAACGAGCGGAAACUUGUUGAAAUACAAUUCGGCGAGUAAACCUUUGGCCAACUGCGGGUCAGCUUUACUAGCGGGAGUGGAGAGAUUUAGCUAACGAGGCUAUCAACUUUCUCUGACCGCAGCUGUAAAUAUUUAGGUGGAAGUUUCCUCUAAAAGAUACCGACAGCGGGUAGAUGUCGACAAGCAGAUAAAGUGCAUUUGUCGGAAUUAAAAUGGCACUGACAGUAGCUUAGCCGACUAGCUGUCGCUGUUGCUCUCCGUUCACUUCCAACGCUAUGUUAGCAGUGACAGCUAACGCCAUGUUAACGUUAGAUUCAAACAAGUGGUUCGCUGGAAGAGUGUCAGCGUGAAGUUACAGCUUAACUUUAACCCAUUGUCGCCUCGCAGUUUGCCUAGAAAGUCAGAGUAAAUAUAUACUUUGCAAAGUUUUUAUUUUGUCCGCUUUUUAGUCACACUUAAACAACUUUUAUUAAAGGGAGCUUUGAGUGUUAGCCUAGCCGCGUUAGCUUGCCUGUUGCCUUGUAAAAGCAUUGAGACAGUGCAGCCAGCCGAGCUACGUCUGAAGUGACUUUAGUUUAACCGAUAACGCGAGGUGUGCUCUUAAAAUUCUCAUGGGUUUGCUACAACGCUUGCUGAGAGACUUUGCAAAAUAAGACCCCACCAGCACAGUCUUCCACUCAAAACAAGUAGCUGAAGUUGUUGAACUGCGGCCCGCACCAUGUCCAGCUCCCCAGGCACAGGUGGCUCGAACCCCAGGAAGUUCAGCGAAAAGAUAGCGCUGCACAACCAGAAGCAAGCAGAGGAGACGCGGGCCUUUGAACAGCUGAUGACGGACCUCAAUGUCUCAAGGGUCCAGUUUCAGAAGAUCCAGCAGCUUCGCUUGUCUCAGUCAAGGGCACAGUACUACGGAGGCUCUCUGCCCAACGUCAAUCAAAUCGGCAACACCAGCACUGAAUUUCAGGGUGGCUUCCCUUCAGGUUUGGACUCUGUGAGAGGGACUCGCCACCACGGGCUGGUCGAGAGGGUCCACAGGGACCGCAACCGUAUCAACUCUCCCCAUCGCCGACCCCUCGACAAGCACGGCCGGCAGAUAGAGAGCUCUCCGUAUGGAGCGGUGUACCUGUCGCCACCUCCGGACAACAACUGGAGAAGGGAACAGCAGCCAUGGACUGAGGAAAAACGGCCGGGGUUUAGAUUAAUAUCACAACUCAACAGAACCAACUCAGACUCUGCUCUUCAUACAAGUGCUAUGAACCCAAACCCUCAGGACCCAUUUGGCAUGCACCAGCAGAUGGGUAGAGGACCCCCACAGCGCAAUGCGAGUGUAAAUGAGGCCGAGGUGGACGGCUCAGGAGACGUCUUCUCCUUCCCCACCAUCCCUAACGAGGAGAACCUCAUAGGUGUCAGUAAGCCGCUACCCAAGCAGCUGUGGCAGGCCAAGAAGGUCCAGUCUCUGGCCUCAAGGCCUAAAUCCUGUGAAGUGCCUGGAAUCAACAUAUUCCCGUCUCCAGAGCAGAACCCCGGGCUGUCCCACUACCAGGGCUCGUUGAGUACCGGGGGCUCCCUGCCAGACCUCAGCAACCUGCAGUUUCCCUCCCCGCUCUCCACGCCGCUGGACCCUGACGACAACCUCGGGUACCCCAACAUCAGCGGGGGCAGCAGCACCGGAAACCUGCCAGCUGCAAUGAUGCACCUGGGCAUCGGCAACUCACAAGGUCUCUCCUCCUCUUUGAGCAAUCCUUCAAUCCAGGCUUCCCUCAACAACUGUCAGCUGCAGUCUUCGCUCAGCAAUCCCUCCAUCAACUCAUCCCUGCGCCUGUCCAGCAACUCCCCCCGGCGAAGGCCAGCUCCCAUCAGCCCCCUCACCCUGUCUCCUGGGGCCGAGCAGCGCAGGGGUCUGGCCAAGCAGCUGUCUCCGACCAUGUCGCCCUCGUUGUCCCCCAUCACGCAGGGAGUUGCUUUGGAUACCAGCAAUAUGCCAAGGGAGCCUCCGCCGCCCUAUCCGCUCUACCAACAACCCCAGCAUGUAGUGGACCAGGGCCGCCAACGCCAGCAGCAGCAGCAGCAGCAGCCCGUCUCUCCGCUUCAGAGCAUUCCACUAGACUUCAACACGAGCCAACCCAACAAUUUGGCAGCUCUCUUCAGCGACCCGUUCAUGGAGCCGCAGUUCUGUAAUCGCCAGAACAAGAUGGUCCCCUAUCAGUUGGAUCAGUUCGGUCUGUUGGAAAACACAAUGAGCUCCACAGCAGGGGGGUCUUGCUUCGAUCCGUCGUCCGCCUCCCUCUAUUACUCGCAGGCUGCUCAGUCAGGGAUGGGUGGCAGCCACAGCAGCCUGCAGGACCAGAUGCACAUGAGGUCCAAUAUGUUGUACUCAAACUGCAGCGGAGGACUGCCCAACAUCAUACUGACUGAUGACUCCAACCCCAGUCUGUCCAAGGACAUCAGCAGUGCGCUCUCCACGGUGCCCGAAUGUUUUGACUCAGAGGUAGGCUUCCCGUUGGAGGACGAGCUGCGCAUCGAGCCCCUCAGCCUGGACGGACUGAGCAUGCUCAGUGAUCCCGACAUGGUGCUGCCGGACCCGUCUGUGGAGGAUACUUUCCGCAGUGACAGACUCUGAAUGUGAAGAGCACCACAUGUCUAAAGAAACACACUCACACACACACACAGAUUUGCAGUGUAUAGUGUACAAAUCUGAAUCUGCAUGCAAACAAUCCAUGUAGGGCCACUGUGCAUGCAUCCACUGCCACUAAGAUUCAUGAAAUGUGAAACACGCCCACAUGGUCAUGCCCACUUCGGAAGAAGGAGACUUGUGAACAGACACUGUUUAUGCCUGCUCUGAGCAACGUUCCCCUCAUGCACGCUUGAGCCCCCCCGCCCUAACACACACACUCACACACACACACACAGCCCCUCCCGUCUCCACACUCAAAACCUCGAGGACGUCCGACAGGAGCUCGAGUGCUCCCGUCCUUUCACUCAUCACCAGCUCACAACACCCUACCCCGACCCCACUCUGCGCCAAUCACCAUGGUUACGCACCAUAGCAACCCCGCCGCUGCUCCAAAAGGCGACGCGAACGGCAGCACGCAAUUUACGUUUCUUCAAACGUACGAGUGGAGCUGUGAUGAAGUCAAACACCUGCACGACUUUGUUCUGCAGUGAAGUCAGCCGUGGCUGCUUGAUCAACAGAAGUGCAGCUCACAGGGAUUUGAGCGUCAGAUGAUUUUGAGAUGUUUGCCAUAGAUUUGUGAAUACACGCUUACACACUCGUAUACAAGCCUCAGCAUCAGUGUGACUAGAAUGUAUUUACCCACUCGACAAAAAGGGCAAACUGUUUACAAAGAGGACAUUUUCAUAUUGCUACUAAAAAGUUUAGAUUUGUGAAUUUUCUAUCGGAGAAGUCCGAUUCUGAGACGUUUUGUUUAUUUGCAUUUUUGAUGGAUCUUUCCUGCGUCACAUGUGAGCGGCCUGGCACUUCUGUCUGGCACAGCUCGCACAGCUCUGGGCCGAAUCCGCUUCAAAGGAACCUGACACAUUUUUGCUCAUGUGUACGUUCACUGCAUAUGAUUUUAUUUUACAUUUUGUACCGACUUGUAAUGGCGCUUUUUUUAAAAAAAGACAAGAAAAAAGGGGGCGGGGCAUGCGCUGUGCUACUGGGUUAAUUACGUGUUUGUCUUCUGUAGCAGUACAUAGCUCCCCUCCCUCCACCAGCACUCUGUGGCUGAAGCUGCUGAGUCGUUCAGGGGGCUCUCGAUCACGUGGACUCCGGACAUGGUGUAACGUUGCAUUUAACCUCUUUUGCACUAAUUGAUUCUCAUUGUGUAGAUUCUUUGUUUAAACCUGCAAACCCAAAGAAACAGAAUGAAGCCAUCACUGAAGACUUUCUAUAGCACACAUGCAGUUGUUGCAGAAAAGCAACACGAGUUUAAUUUUGAUGCGAGAUGAGUUUUUGUUUCCUGGGUGAAAAGUUUUUCAGAUUUGCAGACGAUUAUGUAAUGAAUCAAAGUCAUUCGGUGCCCUCUAGUGUUUGUUGUAGUCAAAUCGAAGGCUGUCGUUUGCUGCCUGCUCGUUUACCUAUGCAACUUUUCAAAGAGUUUCAGAAACCUGUAGAACAGGUGCAACUUGGACUUUAUGCAGUGUAACAAGGCUCGCCGGUUGAGUCGAUGGGCGGGCUCGAGUUUCCUACAAAUUGCGAUAUUACAUCCGUCCGGCGUCCACGGUGCGUGCCGACUCUCGUGAGAGUUUACAGUGAUUGAUGCAAAGGAACCUGGAGGUGUCCUGCACUGUGUGGACUGUGGCUUCUGUCUGUGUGUCAAAGAGAUUCAGUGUCAUUAUAUUUGUCAAAAUGAAAAUGAAGGGGGGGUGCUGGGGUUACACUGAGGUUGUUUUCUAAAGAGUUUAUAUUCAGCUACUUGCUCUCUCUUGUUAACUCUGUAAAGACGGUGAGUGAAGGAACCACACAGCAGUUUCUCCUCUCUUCGCUCUGAUCCUCCCCGCGUCCUAGCCUGUUUCCUGCUGCCUUACGUCCUUCCUCCUGCGUCAGCUGACUUUAGCUUUAGCUCUGUUUGGUACUGACUGCCUGUGGUUCUUUUCCAUCACUAUUUAAUUUGUUUCUUUUUGGUGUCUUACUUUUUUCUGUUUUUUUGUUUUUUGUUUUUUAGUUGCGUAUGAAAAUGUACAGUUCUGUUAUUUAAAGAAUGUUUUUUUGUCCACUAGUGUUACUAUUUUUUUUGUAAUGUCAUUUGAGUUUUUGUUUUUCCCUAAGAUAUAAAAUUUUAUUGGUUUGUAUCAUACGUUAUAGUGCUUAUCUUUCUGAUUUAAUAUAAACAAUAAAACUCUAUACUGUGCAUUAAGUA